UGUUCAAUUUGUAAUGUAUUAUGAAAUUCAAAACAAAUCUUUUGAAUUCAUUUGUAAAUAAAAUUUGUUUACAAAUGUCACUUAAUUAAAAGUUUUACUUAGGAUGGUUAAUUCAACCAUAAAAUUGUUAUUCCAACAAUACCAACAAUGCAGCUCGUUACGCUUGGCUAGUGUUCGCGAUGAAUUCAAUCUUCAUUUGUAGCAAAGUUGGUACAAUUUUGUAAGUUAGUGGUCCAUCAAAAUAAUAAAAUUUUGUGAAUAAAACCAACUUCUCGACGACCUAAAGAUGUCACUUCUAGAGGAAUUGAUUCAAUGUGCAUUUUGCCAAACAAAGACGACAACUUUCACCGUAAUCAAAGGAGAUCGACUGUGCAAUCGAUGUCUAUCGACAUCCACGUAUGGCAGCAAUGAUUCUACCUUCAAGGUGGAAUUGUUGGAUUCUGAUGAAAGCGGUUUGUUUGCUAAUUCCAGAAACAUAACAAUCGAAAGGAAUGCUGAUUUUGGGAUUAUUAAGACUGAACCCAGCUCUGCUGGUUACGAACCAAUGACUAGCAUUAGUUCACUUCCAAAAGGUGCACUUGUCCAUAUUGAAAACGACAUAAGAGAUUCAAACCACAAAACACCAAUCGAGAUUGUUCAGGGAAAUGUUGGAUACAGUAAUUCUACAUCAUCUUAUCUUGAACUCGAACAACCCAUACAAGUUAAGCAAGAAAAGAUCGACGAUGAUUGCGAUAUGCAAAUCGAAUCCCAGUAUCAUUAUGAUGAUCAAACCGCAAACUUUGAUAUUAAAGAGGAAAUUACUUUCGAAGAACCCUGCCUAACGGAAGUACAACUGGGACCCGUGGAAAGAAAACCGCCAGUCAGUUGUCCACAAUGCGACAAAUGUUUCCCAAACCGUGCCGCGCUGCAUCAGCACGUGAGACGUAUACACCACGCCAAGCCACUGGAUUGUGACGUUUGCGGUUUGGAACUGCCCAACACCGAUCGGCUCAACUAUCAUAAGCGCACAGCCCACGAAUCUCCCCAGCUGCAGUGCCCACAAUGUCCGAAAAAGUUCGCACUGCCCAACGGUCUGAAAAAGCACAUUCUAACGCAUUCCGCGCCCAAAAAAGACCACCGCCUAGAAUGUACCAUCUGCGGUCGGAAGUUCAAAUCUCGCGUCAGACUCCAGCGGCACAUGGAGCGCAAAACGGUCCAUCAGGAACGGACUUGUCCCGUUUGCGGAGUGGUAAUUAUGGGAUACGAACGCUUCGAGGAGCAUUUGUCCACUCAUCCGAAGCCACCAAAGACACCGAAUCGGUUGAAAGAUUUCAAAAUUUCCUGUAAGUAUUGCGAUCACAAGACUACAAGCAAGACAUUGCUCCGCAAGCACAAUGAUGAGUACCAUGCGGAUGAGAAAACCGUUCGAUGUCGGAUCUGCUUCGUCUGGUGCAACGGAAAAGCGUUGUUCGAGCAACACGUUCAACAAGAGCAUCAGGGUAAUCAACGACAGUGUGAGGUGUGCUUGGAAGGCUGCGUUGAACUCGCAGAAUUGGAGAAGCAUAAGAAUAACUGUCUAGGUCGAGUUCUUUUCAAGUGUCUAGCUUGUCCGUUGAAUUAUGUGAAACGAGAGGCAGCCCUAAAGCAUUUGCAAACUCACGAAGCACUGGAAACUCUAGAGAACUCCAUCUCUGAAACACGCAGCAUGCAUAAGAUCUUCACGUGUGCGCUAUGCGCAGACGAUCGAGGAUACGAAGAACAGCCGUACAAUGAACACGUCAAAGAGGUGCACAACGGCUAUCAUAUACUGUGCCCAGAUUGCGGAGCAAAGUUCCGUCUCCAUAGGAGUUUCGUCAACCACCGAUCCAGUCAAUGUAUGUUCGGCGAAAAAUCUAAAGAGAAAGUUUCCAUCAUGUACGCCCCUGUGGUUACUCAAUGUUUGCAUUGUCCUCGAUCGUUCAAGAAUCGCUGGCGAAUGGAGGAGCACAUUCGACGAAUUCACAAGGCCAAACCGGCCGAAUGCGACAUAUGUGGCUUGAAACUGGCCAGUGCCAGUCUGGUGAAGUCCCAUAAGCUAUCUGUUCACACCGAAGCCAACAUCCAAUGUCCGCACUGUCAGAAAAAGUUUGUCAGCAAGUAUUACUUCGAAUGCCACCUCGCUACACACCAGGAAGGCAGUCAUCUGUGCGAAGAAUGUGGCGGGAAAUACAAGACUAAGCAGAUCCUGAAGCUGCACAUCAAGCGAGUCCAUAAUCUCAACAAGGCCCCUCGUAUCAAGACCGAACCCGCGGAAAAGUCCUCCCCAACGCCGGACACCGAACUGAUCAAGUGUAAAGUUUGCGAAAAGGAAUUCAAAGGUCCAGUGCGGCUGCGAAUUCACAUGAAGAUCCACGACCCCAACCGGAAGCAGUACGGCUGUAAGAUGUGCGAUGCGACGUUUGUGACGCGCAUUGGACUGCGGCAACAUAUGGCCAACAAGGACGUCCAUCACGAGGUGACUUGUGCGGUGUGUAACACUUAUUUCAGGAGCAGGGAACGGUACGAGGAGCACAUGUUAAAGCACGCCGCGGAAUCGACUGAAGGAUAAUAUGAACUGAAUAAGGUUAUUUGAUUUAUUUAUUAUGUGAUAUAUAUUCCAGAAAAUACACCAGAUAUAACGGCAUA